CUUAAUUACUCCUUUUUUUUUAUCUCCCUUAUAAAAUGUCAUUUUCCUACGAUUUUCUGUAUAACAAUACCAAUAUGAAUUAUCCUGCCUACACAUUCAAUCAAGAAAAAGAGAAUUUUGGCCAACAGGUCUAUUCUUAUUAUCCACAAGAGGUGCAUCAACAACCUUAUAUGUGUUUUGACAACACUUAUAGCAAGACUGAUCCUAUGUAUCUUGGUGCUCAACCUACUAUGCCUUUAUUUCAAUUCGACAGUAACUUGAAUGAAUCUGUUGUCUUAAACGAUGAUAACUUCUCCAUAGCCACUGCUUCCGAUCUUUAUUAUAACAAUACAUCACCCUCAUUAUUAUCCACUGCACAAUUGACUCCAUAUUCUACACCCUCGCCUCAAAUAAAUUCAUUAUAUGUUGGGGAUACAUCCUGUUGUGAAGGUCCUUACAACUAUUAUAGCCAAGAACAAUUAUUUGCGCCAGUCGAAGUCAAUACCAAGGUUUCCAAGAGGAAGGUUUCAUCAAUUACCGAAAAGAGACAUAUUUGUCCGAUUUGCAGUCAUAGAUCAAAACGUAGACAUAAUCUUGUCGAACAUAUGCUCACCCACAACCCUAUGAGACCAAAGACAUUUAAAUGUAGCCAUUGUACACGUCCUUUUGCAAGAAAAUAUGAUAUGAAACGUCACGAAAAGAUUCAUACAAGAUAAAGUUGGUAGAUAGAAAGCUGCCCCACAAUACCCAUAAAUGAAAAUACCAAGAAUACCAAGCCAAGAAAAAAAAACACACACCCACAUCUUCAAUUAUUAACUGUACAAUAUCACAUACUUUCCCAUACAAAUCAUUAUUAUGACCCCAUUCCUUUUUACAUUCAAAUCCCCUAUGCAAGUGUUUACUUUGUAUUCUUCUUAUUUUUAAAAAUAAAAUAUUUUUUUAAAAAAAAUUAAA